CUUGUGUCUCCAGACCUCAUUCCUGGCUUGCUAGAGGUGCCUUUUCCUGCCUCUCUCCCUGUGCUGCUAAACAUGGCGACAGCCAAGGACAGAGCGGUUCUGCAAACGAUCUUUAACCCCAAUACUCCUUUUGGGGAUAUCCCCGGGUUAGAUGAGGAAGAGGAGGCAGCGACAAUCCAAGGGGAAGAUGGAGCUUUCGCCUCAGAGCUGCUGGAGCAAGUCAAAGACCUGGAGCUGCAGGGGGUUUUGGCGGCUGAAUCGGGAGAUGUGAACACAGCCCUUGAGAGAUUCAGCCAGGCCAUUCGGCUCCUUCCAGAACGAGCCUCGUGCUACAACAACCGUGCUCAGGCCCUUCGUCUCCGAGGGGAUGUGGCAGGUGCCCUGCAGGACCUGGACACAGCCCUGCACCUCAGCGGGGGCACAGGGCGUGUGGCAUGCCAGUGCUUCGUACAGCGAGGGCUCAUCAAUGUGCUGCAGGGGCAUGAAGAUAAUGCCAGGCAGGAUUUUGAGCAGGGAGCCAGACUGGGUAGCGCCUUCGCUCGGCACCAGCUGGUCCUGAUGAACCCCUAUUCAGCGCUCUGCAACCAGAUGCUGUUGGAGAUGAUGAGGAAGCUGCAGAACCCAGACAUCCAGGGAAGCAACUAGAGCCCAUCUGUCCAGGCAAGGGGCUGGUUCCCAGAUGAGGCCUCCAGGCAGGUGAGGCACCUGGCAGGGACUCCCCAGGAGCUGGGCACUGUGUACAAACCAGCACAAGCCCCUUCCUCCCCAGAAGCAUUUGUCGUUUCUGGUAAAGCUUUAGAACUUCCUGAGUGGAUCGGCUGGAUCAGAAUUGCACCGUAUUCCGGACAGGCCUCCCCUGCGGCCGUUUCUCACGCUUGCCUGCUCCAGAGAAGAGCUGACGCUGCUUCACCUUGGGCAUUGUUCUUCCCUAUCCCAAAUAAACUCUCUAGUUUGACUGGU